GGAGGAAAGAAUAAGCAGCAGCCCAUCAGAAAAAAAGAGCAGAAACAGAAACAGAAACAGAAAGCAAAAGCGAAUUCCGAGUUGAUGGGAAAGGGAAAGAAGGUAACAUGACAGGCAGCAAGCAGUACAGAAGCUCGGCCAUCGAUGGAACGCCCGCAAGUGGGCCGGGCGGGCCCCUCCAGCAACUAACAUCGAUCGCCAAAUGCUCCGGUCAUUAUUAUUUCUUCUCUGUAACCCCAAGCAAAACCCUUCUCUUCACGAUCACGACACCUUCACGACAUCUUUUCAACAUCAAUCGGAACUCGGCCAGACAGACCAGCAGCGGGCUACGGUUGAAUCUGGAUCAACCGUCGUUGAGAUUCCUCAGCGGAACUAGCUACGUGCGAACCAGAACGAUAGCCUCUUCAGAUAGCGUGGACCGAACGGAUUGUACACAAAUGACACGGGCUAACCAAACUGUCCUACUCAAUUGGGUUCGAGGUGAACAAAGAACCUGUCCCCGCGCUUAUGCCAUCACCCCGAGCCAGCCAAACCGCAUCUUACAUCAGUGUGGCCGGUAAGGAAGAAGAGAAUAAAUGACAUGGUGCAGCAAUGCAGAAUCCUCAUGCAUGCAAUAAGACGAGCGAUGGUAUUAUUGCAGUAUUUAGAAUACUCAGAUACAGGACUUUCCAACAGAGUUCAUCCGCCCGUCUGCCCAAGAAAGGACCCUUCAGGGGGGGGGGUUCAGGACCGGUUGGGUAUCAUCAGGGACAACUCGUCAACGUCAUUCUGGCGUCAAGUUUCACAAGCAUGAGAGCUUUAGGAAAAAAAUAAAAGAAAUGUGGUUAUGGAACCAUCAGAGCCAGCAAUCGACUGGGAGCUCCCUGCCCCUGGUUCAACCCUCCUCC